GCCUUUGAAUUGCGUGUCGGCCAUGGCAACUCACCAUUGUGCCGCCGGCAAAGCCGCGCAUCGUUCCAAGGUGAUCGCCACGGCAGCUGCCUUUGCAGCGCUUUUCUGGAGCGGCCGCUCAUUUGUGGCAGGUAGAGGUUCUCGUGCUUUGCACUCUCCUCGCUCCACCAGCACCAGAUGUACAAAAUCUUUACUGUUGCACGCCACCUGUGAGCAGAUGGACUGGGAUGGACCCGAUCCAGCUGUCACAGGCCAAUUGCGGGCGCUGGGGCGCCUUCUGCGGACCGCUGCUGAGCAGCUGGUGCAUGCUGCAGAGCUGCCGAAGCCGAGAUCUGCCGAUGCCUCGGUGAAG